UAUUUUGCUAAUGUGGCACCUCAAUGGCAGGUAUUCAAUGGAGCACUAUGGUCAAAUCUUGAAAAGAAAACAAGGGAAAAGUUGUCUCAUGAUAGCUCUAAAUAUGUGAUAAUUACAGGAACAUAUGGAGUUUGCACUUUAGAAGACAUAAAUGGAGUCCAGAAGCCCAUUCAUUUGCUACCACCUAAUAAGAUAACAGUACCCUUGUAUUAUUGGAAGUUGGUGCACAACCUUGAUACAGAAAGUGGUACUGUAUAUAUUGGGCUCAAUAAUCCGUACCAGAACAUCACUGAUGAUUUGUACAUUUGUCCAAAUACUUGUGUCGAAGGUUUGAAUAAAAGUAACGAUGACAACAAUGGACUAAUGUUUUGUUGUACUCAAGAAAAUUUCGAAAAAAUUUAUGGAAAAAUAGAUACAUCUUUUUAUACUGUAUAAAUGUAAAAAAGUUAAUUCUCAGUAAAAUAAAAUUCACUAACAUCAA